AUGUGGCCUGCAGGUAGUCCAAUCUCAGGGGCACUCGGACCCACGAAAGACUCCGGCGCACCCCACCUGCCUGCAGCGUGUGCUUCUCCAGACCAGUGUGCCGAGGCCGGCACUGACCAUCGCGGAUCACGCAGAGCACGCAAAGCACUGAAGAUCCCAGUUGCUAGCUGGUGCGCCUGCAACGCUGAAGCAGGCCUUCUGGAACAAAGCCCAGAGCGUGGAGCCUCUGAGGCGACAGCUUGCAAGGCCCGCACAGCUCGCAAGGCCCGGCACAAGGUGCAGGAAAUGCAGGAAAUGCAGGAACGCGGGGUGUGUGGUGGGGCUGAGCUUGGCCGGGCACCUGCAGCCAGAAAGGCAGCAUGCUUGGAGUUGACGGUUGAUGAUCAGAUGACUGGCGCGGAUGAGGAGCUGUGGCGGCAAGUCAUCAAUGCCUGGAAGGCACCGCGCGCGCGGCAGCAGGAAGAGCUGCUGAUCAAGACCACCUGCAUCGGCGUUCACAGACAGAGGCGCUGGGAUGUUGCCGACCCAAAAGCUCACCUCGAGUUUAUGCCUCGGGCUCAGCUCUAA